CAGCAUUUUGCUGUCCGUGGAAAUCUAACUACAGACGUAUGUCCAAUGCUUAUUGUGUGAAAAAUGCGUGACGGAAUGGUGACGUCAGAAACGAAGUGCAGAGAUUGACUAGCAAAAACAAGUGAAUGCUAAUGAAUUGAACGUACAAUUCGUGCAUCUGUCAAUCGAUCACAUUCGCGAAUAAAAACUCAAGAUUGUUGCUAGCGAAAAAAUUGUUUCGAGACUCACUGAACAAGAUGUCGUUACUCGUUGCAAAGAGGCUAAAACCGAUAUACGUUAAGAUUAACGGAUGCACUAUUUUACUACCCCUACAACGACCUAGAAGUACACAAACUGCAGCUCAGAUUCGUUCCAAAGAUGACGACGAUUAUGAGUACAUACAGAAAAGUAUACUCAACACAAUGCGAUUUCAAGGUGGCUUACCUCGCCUCCCGAUACCAGAGCUGAAAAAAACAUGCGAGCGAUAUCUAAGUGCACAAAAACCGAUACUGAUAGAGGAACAAUUUAAACAUACAGAGUCAUGUGUUCAGCGAUUCUUAGUUGGCGACGGACCAAAGCUCCAAACAGGGUUAAAGCUGACAAAUUUCAGGAAAAGACACACCAGUUACAUAACCGAGUAUUGGUUCGACAUGUAUUUGAGGGAUCGUAAACCCCUGCCAAUAAAUUAUAAUCCAUUUAUGGUAUUUACACCAGAGAGAGAUCCGCGGUACGAGAAUCAGCUUGUCAAGUCGACGAAUCUCCUUAUCUCUUCUAUUAGAUUUAUGAAAUCUCUAAGAGACAGAGUUCUGGAACCCCAUGUGUAUCAUAUGUUUCCUGAGAAGACUGACAAUGAAAAGUACAGGAAAGUCAUGCGAUUAGUGCCUUCAUCUUUGUCCUUCUACGGAUCCAUGCUGUUAUUUAAGGCUUUUCCAUUAGAUAUGUCGCAAUAUGACAACCUUUUUCAUUCGACGAGAAUUCCUGAGUUAGAAAAAGACAUGAUACAAAUCGACAAUACAACAAGACAUGUGGUCGUCAUGAGGAAAGGACAUUUUUAUACUUUCAACGUAUUGGAUGAAAAUGACCACAUUUAUCCGCCGAAAGAAAUAGCCUCUAGUUUGAAAUUCAUCCUUUCUGACGAUGGAGACGCAGCACGUAAUCCUAUCGGCGUAUUAACGACAACUGAGCGUGAUUCGUGGGCUGUAACAAGGCACCAUUUGUCAGAAAUUGGAAACUACGAUUUACUCAAAACGAUAGAUUCAGCUAUUAUGUUAUUAGUUUUAGACGAGGAAUCUGUAGCUACUGAUUACAAAAAACUUUUAAGGACGUUCUUACAUGGAAGCGGUCUUAACAGAUGGUUUGAUAAAUCAUUCUCUCUGAUCGUGGCAAAGGAUGGAACAGCUGGCGUCAAUUUUGAACACUCCUGGGGUGAUGGUGUCGCUGUUUUAAGGUACUUUGAGGAUGUAAAAAAGGAUAUAGAUGAAAAGCCGAGAUUCCACCCUGAAGAUGUAGAUUCAAUAUCGUCAAAUGCAACUGUUAGAAAAUUGAGCGUUAUUUCUGAUAACAAAAUCGAUGCGGCAAUUGCAGAAGCCAAGAAACAAUAUAACGAGUGGAUUCAGGAGCUUGGAGUGGAUUACUACAUUUAUGGCGGAUUUGGGAAGAAGGAGUGUAAAACGUUUGGUGUUAGUCCUGAUGCAAUAAUGCAGCUGGCUUUUCAGUUGGCUCACUAUAAACAAGAACGAGAAAUGGUCGCUACUUACGAAUCUUGUAGCACAGCAGCAUUCAAACAUGGGCGAACAGAAACGAUCAGAUCUUGCACUCUCGAAACUAAAGCGCUAUGUGAGGCAAUUACAAAUUCUUCUUCAAUCAUCUCGAAUGCUGAAUUAAAGAAGAUGAUUAUUAAUUGCAGCGUCACUCAUAGCAGAUUGACUAGAGAGGCGGCUCUAGGACAAGGCUUUGACCGGCAUUUAUUUGCAUUAAACAAAGCGUGGAAGAAAGCCGGUAUACAAAAACCAGCAAUUUUUGAGGACCCUUCCUACGAAACCUUGAAUCACAACAUCCUUUCCACAUCUACUCUGUCGAGUCCAGCUGUUGCUGCUGGAGCAUUUGGCCCUGUGGUCAAAAACGGCUACGGCAUUGGGUACAUGAUUCAAGACAACAGACUUGGUGCUGUAGCAACGAGUUAUCAAGAUCAACGUAACACAAGCGAUUAUAUACAGAAUUUAAAGUCUGCCAUUAAAGAUAUUCACAAUAUAUUCUUGGCGAAAUAACUCCGACAUAAAAUAUUCAUGGCCGAAAGUGUUUCACCCAAGGAAUAUCCAGUUUUUUGCUUUAAGAAUACACAAGAAUUUUGUUUCGGUUUAACCGGAAAAGAAAAAGAUCAAAAGUGAAUUUCAACUCGCUUGAAAUUUGCUUUUGGAAAUAUUUCUAGAUUUUCAACAAUUUGUUUGAUUGAUAUUCAGCAAGGGAUUUUGAUUAAGACAACAGUUUUCCUACUUUAUGCAUAAUUUCCAGACAAUUUUUGUCAAGCUCAAUUCUCAUGAUAAAUGAAAGCCUGGUAUACGUAUGAUCGUCGAAUUACUUGUCAGAGAGCAUGUUGUGAUUAUGUAUAGAAUAUUAAAGACUAUAUUUUAUUAUAUUUGCAUUGUAAUUUAUAUGUUAAAUAUAUGAAUUUGUAAUUCACAUUUUUGUUACACGAAUUGAAUCUGAAUGGAAUUAUUGUACCUUUAAACACCGUAAAAGAUUCUAUUUGCCUUUUUUUGUUUUUUCGUUGUUACUGUGAAUCUGGCGAGUAUAUUCAAUUUCGGGACUCAAUUGAAAAGUAUAAUAUAGAAUUUGAGGCUCUUAUUUUAGUUGUUUUAUUAUUUAAUACCUAACGAUACGAUUUAUUCAUCAUACCUUGCUAAGCUCCAUCUAACAUUAUUUACACUACGGUUCACUGCAUUUUAUUAGGUAAUAGACUAUAGAUGAUACCAGAUAAUACUUUACGUAACUUUCCUUACUGGCUAAUUGAAUUUACACGUAACGGAGGAGCUAUGAAAUAGCAAAGAAA